AUAUUCUCUUUUUUUCUGUUUGUUGAGUCUGAAACAUUAUGAGAUUUUGACUAAUAAAUGUGUUAUUCAAUUGAUUUGAGUAUUGAAAUUCACAUGGUUCUUAAUCUGUACCAACAUCUUUUUUUGCAAACUAAUCUGUACUAAUAUCAUUUUUAAAAAAAUUAUAACUACCAUCAUCCCAAUACUGAAAAAUUAUGAAAGCCAAAAGAUUCUCCUUCCUUCUCUUUCUCUGAUCAUUUUUUCUUCUCUUAUUCUUCUUCUUUUAUUUGUUUCCUCUGAAACUGCUACUACCAACUUUACACAAAACUAUAUUAUUGUUUUUAAUUAUUUUAUAUUCCAGUUUCUUAGUAUAUUCUGUUCUAAUCUUCUGAGAGUUUGGUGAUCUAAAGUUCUGAUAAAUGUCCAAAGAGAAUCUGUCACAAGAAGUUAAAGAGAUGAUUCCUGAUGAGAGUUGUUGCUCUGUUCUUCUGCCUCCUCCAGCUGCAGUAUCCAAUGGUAGUGUGAAUAUGAGACGGAUCUCAACUGGAGCGUUAGAUAAACGAGGAGGUAAAGCUCAGGGUCAAACCCGUUACCGUGGGAACCAAACGAGUUCGACUCAUGAUCUAUGUAAACACGGGAAGAGGCGUGAGGAUGAGUUGGUGAUCAAACCGUUGAAGCUGGUAAAGAACAAGAACGUUGAAGGUGGAGGAGGUUUGGUGAAAGGUGGUGAGACUUUGAGUGUGGUGUGGAAGUCUUUGCAUGUUGCAAAAAGAGAUGCUACUGCUGCUGAUGCUAGUGUGGCUGUUAAUAAACCUUGUGAUGGUUUACGUGCAAAGAGAAGUGAAACAAGGAGUAGUAAUAUCACUCCUAGUGAUUCAGCUGCUGGUGUAAGAAUGGUCAAGAAGACAAAUGUUGAUGUUAAGAAGGUGAGCAAGAGUUAUAGAGAGGAUGUACUGAAAAAUCUAAAGGACAAAGAGAAGAAGACGAAGAUUGAUGAACCUGUUAGAAGUGAUGAUGCAUUGGAGAAGAGGGUUUCAAGGCUCAAGACUGGUCUGUCUGAGAAGAAAGAGAGUUGUUCUGCAACACUUGUAGGUAAUGCCAAAAUAUUCGAAAGCAAGAAGAGGAUUAGCUUAAAGACUACUCCUCCUCCUCCUCCUCCUCCUCCUCCUAUUAGGCCGGUGAGUUUCAAGAAAGGGAAAGUUCUUGAACCGGAAGCAGAAGAUCCCACUCUGGCGUCGAUCAAGUUCAAGAAGAGGGUUGUUCAAGAACCAAAACUAAUAAGCGAUGUGAACAAGAAGAAGAAGAACCUGAAAGAUAAAGGAGAAGAUGUCGGGAAGAUGAGUUAUAAUAACAGUGGUGAAGGUAAACGAGAGAAGGUUGUUUUGAGGCAUACAAAAGUGGAAGAGAAGAAGAAAGUGCAGGCACUUUUCAAUAAUGUGAUUGAAGAGAGUGUGAAUAAGCUUGGAGAAGAGAGGAAGAGUAGUAGGGUUAAAGCAUUGGUUGGUGCUUUUGAAACUGUAAUCUCUCUUCAAGAUAAUGAUAAAACAUCUCUGCUGAAGAAGAAGAUUCACAACAAGUCCACAUCUUCUGAGAUGAUUCCAAAGGUGAGUUAUUGAGGAUGAAAAACAAUACACACAUAAUAGAUUUUUGAAAACUUGGGAAUCAUUCAAAAAGACUAUAUAUAUAUAUCGUGUAAAAUAUCUAAAAAAAUCAUUUAAUCCUAUUACAUACUGUUGAUACCAAACGUUACAUACUUAAGAAAUAAGAGUUUUCUCAUA